GAUUGAUGACAGUUCGACUUAAAUUAGUAUAUCAAUGAAUUAAACAUUUUGUUUAUAAUUCUGUAACUAUAUUAUCUCAAUCAAAUAUAGUGUUAUACGAUACAACAGUGAGAAAUGCGAAAACAAAUAUAACAAUAUAGGCAAAGGCGAUCUAUGUUUUUGCAUACCUAAUAUUAAAAGAUUGUAACUACCUGUUGCUUAUUAUACAAUGAAUGUGAAUCCUAAAUAGUGUGGGUGUGAUGUGUUACUAACUUCUACUGUUGGAUAUAACAUGAAAAGAUAAUAAAUCGCUAUCAUGUUUUUUGUUGACUCUACAGCGCAGUAAUACUAAAAAUACAAGAAGAAGAGCACAUAUUUUUGGUCAAAAUAUUCAGAAGGUCUCGUAUGUUUUGUAUGUAAACAAAUCGAUGCAAUCUGAACAUAGCGAUUAACAAUAGUUCGAUUAGGAGUGAGAAUAUGAAUCGAAUGGCAGUCUGCAAAGAAGUUAUGGAAAUAGUACUAUCUGAUGAGCGACAAGAUGUUCAGAAAAAAACAUUUACGAAAUGGAUCAACGGUUACCUUUCUAAAUCAAACAUACAUCCAAUACAAGACUUAUUCGAGGACUUGCGGGAUGGACAUAAGCUUCUUUCACUUUUGGAGGUUCUGACCAAUAAGUCAUACAAACGUGAAAAGGGUUCUAUGCGAGUACACCAGAUUAACAACUUAAACAAAGCUCUCGCCGUUUUACAAGAAUGUGGAGUGAAAUUAGUCAACAUAUCGAGUGAUGAUAUCAAUUCCGGAAACCCAAAACUGACGCUAGGUUUAAUAUGGCUUAUUGCCCUAAGUUUUGACGGAGAAAAAAUAGUCAGUUCUCAGGCAGUUAAUGGCAUAGAGAAAUCGUUGCAAAAUUGGACGCGACAGUUCAUAGCGAAAUACAACAUUAAGAUUGACGACUUUUCUCUGAGUUGGGCUGACGGAUUAGCUUUCCUAGCAAUACUUCAUGAAGCAAGCAGUGGAUUUGAUUGGCAGGAAGCUGUGAAAAAACAUCCAAUCGCAAGACUACGUUUUGCGUUUGAUUUGGCCUUCAACCAUCUAGGCAUAGAAAAGCUUUUAGACCCAGAAGAUGUAAACACCAGUAAACCAGACAAAAAAUCUAUCCUUAUGUACGUGAUGUGCUUAUACAAUGCAAUUGUUGCCAAGAAAAAUCCAGCUCUAAAUAGUUUCAAAGAAAAAGCAGCGUUUUCGGAAAGUAUGGAAGAGAUACAAUUACUAUGCGAGAAUGAAUUUGACGAAAUAACCAAUGAUGAAAACAAGAAUUACAAUUUUGAACAAGAUAUAUCGGUAAUGUCGACAUACAAUGAAAAGAAAAUUCAUGAAGAAUAUUUGACGAACCAACAGAAAAUUUCUUUCACCCAAUCGUUUGAUGGAAUGAAAAAUUUUAACAAAAGUCACGAGGAAAAUAAUUUAUACCAUAGCAGACAUAUUCUGUCGAAAGCAGCGCAAGCAGAUAAUAACAGUUCUAAUUUCAGGCCAACUAGUGAUGAUGUUGCAUUUAAUAAAUUAGAUUCUUUUUAUUGGGAACCGAAAUCAUCUCGGCCUAUUUCUAGUGCAACUGACUUUUCAACAGAAUUUAGUGGAUAUCAAGCAACUGUUGAAGAAGUUCUAACCAUGUUACUGGAAGCAGAGGAAACAUUUUCCAACGAAAUACCGGAAACUGAAGACCUGAACACUGCAAAGAAGCAGUUUCACGACCACGAAGAAUUCAUGGCUAAACUUUCGGAAUAUCAAACAUUUGUUUGUAGAGCUCUUGAUGAAGGUUCCAGAUUGAUUAGUGAGUCUCAAACUAUUCCAGGAACACAUGAUUUGGAUUUAGAAGGUCAAAAUGAAAUCAAACAACAACUUUUUCUCUUGAAUGAGCGAUGGGAAAUACUACGCAUGAAUGCACUCGAUCGGCAGGCUCUAAUCCAUAAGAGAUUGGCUAUGUUACAGAUGGAUAAAAUUGAUAAAUUGAAAAAAAGUUUAACGGUUAUGGAGGAUAGAAUUUCUCGAAUGAAUUAUAUUGGACCAACCCCAGCCGAUCUCAAAGUUCAACUUGAAGAGCAAGAGAAACUAGAAAAUGACAUGGUGGUACCUAAAGAACUUGUUGAUAGUCUUAACAAUUUAGUCAUUAUUGUUAAUUCCGACAGUUUUUGCGAAGUAGAAGACAAACUCUCUGCUCUUGAGGAACGUUGGUCGCACCUAGCAAUAUGUAUAACCAGCAGAUCGGAGAAACUACAAAGUUUAGCACGUCGGUGGAGAAAACUUUCCGAACAAUAUCGUAUCAUUUGCCGUUGGAUUGAAUCACGCGAGCGAGAUUUGAAAUCUAUGGAGGCGGAUGAAUCUGUGGAGGUCGCCACAUUACUGAGUAGAAUCAAAUGUUUGGAAUAUUGCAAACAAGAUAUGAAGGUGCUCAGUAUCUGUUUGCAUGAAUUGGAAAGCUCAGCUCAAAGGCUAAGCGAUGAGGGAUAUUCUCCUUUGAAUGUUCUCUCCAGGAUAGAAAAUCUUACGGAUAUGCGAGAUGCGCUUGAUCAAAUAAUAGAAGCACAAGAAGCUCGUUUGGGAGACAUGGGUUUCCAAAUAUAUGAUGAUAGACAUAAAUCAGAUCUUAUGAAACCCGAUACCUGGGAGGAUUUUCAAAUUCAAAUAAACGAACAAACUUUUUACAACAUUAAUAAAUUUAAGGUUGAUGAUAUUGCAUCAUUCGAUUAUCCACAUUCCAAUACAGAGAAGGCACAGGAUUUUUUGAAACAAUUUCAAGAGUUAAUCAGUGGUUUGAAAAGCACUUUGGAUGAUAGUUUUAGUACUAUUGAUCAGUAUGACAGGAUGGAAUCAAAUCAGAAAUUACUAUUGAUCGAAAAGCUACAAAGAAUACUAGAAACACAGAAGAAAGACUAUAUGAAAGCUCAGAAUAUGUUGGACGGCUGUAUUUCUUUAUCAGAAAUUAAAACAGAUUCCGAAGCACGAUCUCUUUCCGACAUUGGCAUUCUCAUGGAUGCAUUCGAAAAAGAAGUGAAAGCCUUAGCAGAUAAAGAAAAAAUCAACACUUGUCUUCUUGAGUUUAAACUAGCUCUGGCGAAUACAAAGGAAUGGUACCUACGAAACGCGAACUGUGCUUCUGCUGAUGAUCUUGAGGACCGAUUAUCCAGCAUGACCUCGUUUGAUGCUAAUAUAGAAAUGUAUUUGAAAAUUAUAACUGAUAGUGAGAGGAAAAACUAUAACUCGUUAAAACAGGAUUUCAAUCAAUUUUCAGAAAACUGGAAUGACGUUAAACGAUCUCUUUAUCGUUUGAUGAAGGAUAAGCAACUCCAUAUGAGUGAGAAUAUACAGCGAGUGCAACAAUUAGUUGCACAGAUAGAACACGUACCUAUAAUUUAUUCCGAUAUCAAAAGCAUGCAAAUUAAUUUGGAGAAAAUUCAUUCCUUCAAAACUAUGUACAACGAACUGCUUGAACAAGGUUGCGAGGAAGAAAUCGCGAAAAUGAAUAAUGAGAAUGAAGUAGCAAAUAUGUUGUUUCAAUGGUCUAAUAUACCUAAACUGUUGAAUGAAAAUAUUAUAAAACAAAACAUCGCCAUUGAAAGUUUGAAUCACUUUGACACUGAGCACGAUGAAAUUGUCGUAUUUCUGAGUCACAUUGAACAAAGCUUGAAAAAUGAUGUGUUCAUAUUAGGAGAAAUCAAAGCAUUACAGAUGAGAUCCGUUGAAUAUGAACAGUAUGCUGCUCUCAUAAAAAAGACGGACAUUGAUAUUAGAAGUAUCAAGAACUUCUCCGAAAUAAUUGCUGAGAAUAGCGGGAAAUAUUCAACAGAUAAUCUGGCAUUGAAGGUUCAGCAACUUAGAGACCGCCACUCAACAGUUAAUGCUUUAUAUUUAGAUAAUUUGCAAAAAUUGAACGAAUCCAAGAAUGCAACAGAAAAUAUACUCAAGAGAGUCCACGAAACCGAACUUUGGUUGAAUAAUUUAGAAAUGAACACGCCGAACAAACUAAAUUCAGAAAUUGUAAAUUUGAAUGAACUCUACCAAAUAAAAUCCAAGUUUCAAACGUUGAAAGAAACGUGCGAUCAACAAACGCGUAAAUUCCGUGAGCUGAACGAAAUGGGCAAUGAGAUAUUGUUGCAGAUAGAUGAAAUGAUUCAAGCAAAGGCUGGGACCAACGUUUCUUACUUAGCCAUGAAAUUUACCAAAUUGAAUGCGCGCUGGAGUGAUGUGACUUCAUUGGUAUACACAAGAACGGCUCUAUUAGAAUAUGUAUCUAGUCAAAUGGGAGAGUUUAAAACGCUGAUUGUAGCCGAAACUGGUUACUUAGAUAAAUUAGAAAAAUUAUUAAGAAAAAGUCCGGAAAGUGCUGCCGACGCAGAAGAAAUUUCAGAGGAAUUGGAUGAUAUCGAGAAUUACAUCCGCAAUCAUCCGCAAGCUCGUUAUGACAAGAUAAUCACAAUUGGAAAAGAACUGUGCAACUUAGACAUUAUGGUUACUCAGGUUAAAGAAGAUUUACGUAAUAUUAGUGAAAGAUGGGAGUGUCUGCAAGCACAGGCGAAACAACGUACUAUAAAACUUGAGCAGGCUGUCAAAGAAGCGCAGACCUCCGAAGGUCAAGUAUCGAGUUUGCAGCAAUGGUUAUUCCGUAUGAAUGAAAUCUUUAACGAUUUAACUGGGGAUGAUACAUCUUCUGAAGAUGUGUCAAAUGAUUUUCAGAAGCUUCAAGAAGAAUUUGAUCGUCACGAGAUUGUUCUUACGGAGAUGUUGAAAAAAGUAGAUCAUUAUAAAAAGGAAGGCAAAUUGGAAGCCGCCAAUCGCUACCAGGAUCAGGUUAAAUUACUUCACGAUCAGUUCUCAACAUUGCGCAGCAAGCUACUCCAGAUGUCAUCUUUGCAAUUCACUUUCGAAACCAAAUUGAAUCAGGCCCUUGUGGAGCUUCGUGACGUGGAAAAAAGUACAACUGUUCUUGAUACAGUAUCGGCUAGUCCGGCGCAACUACAUGAUCAAUUCCAACAUUGCUUGAAAAUGUACAAAAUUUUAUCCGAGAUGAAGGGCGGAAUAGAAAACGUUAUUCGGACAGGGCGUAAAGUGUGUGAAGAUAAAACCACAAAAAAUUCAAUGAAACUAGGUCAGCGGAUUGAUUCGCUGAAAUACUUGUAUAACUCACUCGGCGAGACCGUGACACAGUCGAAGAAAAAACUAGAAAAUAUACUUGAAGUAUUACACGCUUUGGAAGAAAAUUUAUCUGCUGUAGAGCAUUGGACCAGUGUCAAUGCUGAAACGUUGCAACUUCGAGACGAUGAUGAACAUAUAAUGAUUGAAAAAAUUAAUCGAUGUAAUCGUUUACAUGGGGAAUAUGAAAAACAUUAUGAUUCAUCAUAUGUGAGAGAUUUUAAGAAAAGAAUCGUUGCCGCCGAGAAGCAGCUAAAAUAUAUUCACAAUAAAAACAUUACAGUGAGACUGAAUAGUAUGAAGAACACUUUGAAUAAUAUGAACGCUGCUAAUAUUGAAGUAUUGAGAGCUAUAGAGGAAAAUCUGGACAAGAUUUCUACUUCUGGUGAAGCAGAAGGAGAUGUAUUAUUAGUGAAAAUAUGCAAAAUUAUGAAGGAGGAGGCAAAUCGAAUUAACGAUAUGGAAACGGAUCAACCAACAUCCGGCAGCCAAGUCAUCGAAAUAAUGAAAGAGUUAGAGAAGGUUGCAACAACGAUGUCACCGUAUUGUGAUUCAGUUUUGAAUACGUUACCAGGAUCGAAUCAAGCCAGCUUCAGCACUAAACAGAACACACAAUUCAAGGACAAAGACAACUUAGAUGUGCAUUCUGAACAUGGAUCCACCGCGUAUGUGCCUGGAACAUUUACCGCAAAAUCCCGUUCUAAAUCCGUUGCUGCCACAUUAACAAACAGCUUUGAUCGUUCGUUCACCCAAAUCAUUGAUUGGGUGGAAACAGAACAAGGUAUACUAAAGAAAUAUUGUGUUAUUCUGGGCGAUAGUGAUAUGAUAUUGAACGCAAUAGAUAAACAAAAGACUUUGUUAAAUGAUUUGGAACUCAAAAAACCGCAUUACGAAGAACUGAUUGCUACAGCGGAACGCAUAAAAACAGAUAAUAAUGAACAUUAUUUGCACACUAAAGUUUCUCGAAUGCGCGAGCAAUGGGAUGAUACAACGCAGUCAGUAUUACAACGCAAGUCACAACUGACUGCAAUGCUGGGUGAUUCUCAGAGAUACGAGGCAAAAAGGCUGGAAAUCGAGACGUGGCUAGCUCGUAUGGAAACCCGAUCCGAAUGCAUGGGAAUAGUAGCUGCUACUGCAGAUAUCUUAGAAAUUCAACAAAAAGAGCAGAAAUCAUUCCAUGCUGAACUUCAUCAAUAUAAACAUCACAUUGAAUUAUUCAAUCAGCUAACACAGAAGUUGAUUGCAGUAUAUCCGUCAGAUGAUACAUCUCGUAUAAAACGGAUGACAGAAUCUGUCAAUUUGAGAUACAACAGUUUGAAUAAUAUGGUGAUAUCGAGAGGAAAAAUGUUACAUGCUGCCGUUCAUUCUCUACAGUCAUUCGAUCGAACCUUAGAUCAAUUUCUGGGUUGGCUGAGCGAAGCGGAAUCCAUGUGUGAAAAUACUGAAUCUGAGAUUGAUAGAAAUCCCCAUGCGUAUAAGGACCUGCAAUCGGAGAUAGAAUCACACCGUGUUGUUUAUGAUCGUUUGGAUAAUACUGGUAGAAAACUUUUGGGAUCACUCACAUCUCAAGAAGAUGCUGUUAUGCUACAAAGUCGGUUGGACGAGAUGAAUCAAAGAUGGAAUCACUUGAAGUCCAAAAGUGUCGCAAUAAGAAAUCGCUUAGAAUCUAACUCUGAACAUUGGACAGCAUUACUUUUAUCCAUAAGAGAGUUGACGGAAUGGGUGAUUCGAAAGGACACGGAAUUAACUUCUUUGGGUUUGGGGCCACUGAAGGGUGAUGAUAACAGUUUGAAGAAACAAAUGGACGAUCAUCGCGCUUUUCGUCGACAGUUGGAAGAUAAACGACCAGUCGUAGAAAGCAACUUACAAAGUGCUCGACAAUAUGUAUCAAACGAGCCACAAUUAUCGGACACCAGUGAUUCGGAAGGUAUAUUUUCAAUUUAUACAGCCAUUGACAGUGAAACUCGAUACAUGUCAGCAGACGAACAAAAUAAGGAAUUGACUCGAAGUAUACGACGUGAAGUAAACAAACUAUCCGAGCAGUGGGGUCACUUGAUUGAUCGCUCAGAUAAUUGGAAUCAUCAGUUAGAGGAGUUUGUGACGAAAAUGAGACAGUUUCAAAAAGUAUUGGAAGACUUGAGCUCGCGGGUUGCCUCAGCUGAAACUUUGAUCAAGUCUUGGGUAGUUUCUGGUCCCAUAACCAAUGCAGCAGAGCAGAUGCAACAUUUGCAGCGUUUGCAAGACAAAAUGACAACUGCUACUGCACUACUAGACGACUGCAAUGAACAACAAACAUUCUUCACUACAAAUCAUGUGCUGGUUCCUAACCAAUGUCUUGCUAAACUGGAAGAUUUGAACACCAGAAUGAAAUUACUCAACAUAGCCAUGGAUGAGAGACGAAAAACACUUGAUCGGUCUAAUGCUGUUGAUUCAGAAGGUAAUAAAUCGAUUCAAUCAAUUGGAACUGGCACAGUAGACUUAUCAAAAAGUGUAAGACCGCCAUGGGAAAGAGCAACAACACCUGCGAAUGUGCCUUAUUAUAUAAAUCAUGAGCGAGAGAAUACACAUUGGGACCAUCCGGAAAUGAUAGAACUGAUGAAAUCGCUAGCUGAUUUGAACGAAGUACGUUUUUCUGCUUAUAGAACUGCUUUGAAGCUACGUACGGUGCAAAGAAAAUUAGCAUUCGAUCAGUUAUCGAUGAAUCAUGCUAUAGAAUCAUUUGAUUGUCACGGUUUGCGAGCUCAGAACGAUAAGUUAAUAGACAUAACAGAUAUGACAACGGUUUUGCAUUCGCUGUAUACUUUCAUCGAACCGAUUAAUAUUCCGUUGAUGCUCGAUAUGGCGAUUAAUUGGAUUCUAAAUGUAUAUGAUUCUCAAAGGACCGGUCAGAUACGUGUUCUUAGUUUCAAAGUUGGUCUGAUAUUGCUUUGCAAGGGGCAUUUGGAUGAAAAAUAUCGCUACUUGUUUAGAUUGAUUGCUGAUUUAGAGAAAAAAGUAGAUCAAAGAAAAUUAGGAUUGCUUUUGCAUGAUUGCAUACAAGUACCCAGGCAAUUGGGAGAGGUAGCGGCAUUUGGAGGAUCGAAUAUUGAGCCCUCUGUGCGGUCUUGCUUCGAGCGAGCCGGUGUGAACCAAAAUAACGAACAGAUAGACACUGCAAUUGAAGCUCAGCAUUUUCUCAACUGGCUUCAACAUGAGCCACAAAGCUUAGUAUGGCUUCCGGUACUGCAUCGUUUAGUGGCAUCUGAAUCAGCAAAACAUCAGGCGAAGUGUAAUAUUUGCAAAGAAUAUCCAAUUGUUGGUUUCCGUUACCGAUGUUUGAAGUGUUUUAACUUUGAUAUGUGCCAACAUUGCUUCUUUCUUGGUCGAAAUGCGAAAAAUCACAAAUUAUCGCAUCCAAUGCAUGAAUACUGCACAACGACAACUUCCACUGAAGACGUGCGUGACUUCACUCGAGCCUUACGUAAUAAGUUCAAAAGUAGGCGAUAUUUUAAGAAGCAUCCACGUGUUGGUUAUCUUCCUGUACAAAGCGUACUGGAGGGAGACGCUCUCGAGAGUCCAGCCCCAAGUCCACAACAUGGAUCACACACAUUACAAAAUGACAUGCAUUCAAGAUUAGAGAUGUAUGCGACACGUUUAGCUCAGGUUGAGUACGGAACACGCAGCAAUUCGACACCAGACAGCGACGAAGAGCAUCAAUUAAUAGCACAGUAUUGCCAAUCGCUGCCUGAUAAUGGUGGUCCGAAAUCUCCUGUACAAGUGAUGGCAGCUAUGGACGCAGAACAACGUGAAGAACUGGAAGCGAUGAUAAAAGAUUUAGAAGAAGAGAAUGUUUCGCUGCAGGCUGAAUAUGAACGACUUAAAGCUAAACAAACUCCUAUCACGACACCCGAUGAAAUACAUAGUUCACAUACAACAUCUUCCGGUGGAAAUGAUAUGAUGGCUGAAGCUAAAUUACUACGUCAGCACAAGGGAAGGUUGGAGGCUAGAAUGCAAAUUUUAGAAGAUCAUAAUAGACAAUUGGAGGCACAGCUGCAACGAUUGCGACAGUUGUUAGAUGAGCCAAACUCAUCUAAAGUAUCGACAUUGCAGACGAGAGCUGUUACUGCAUCUCAGUUAAAUACAGAAUCACCUGCAAAACUUCAACAAAAUGGCCAUUUUGAUCAAAAUAUAGGUACAGAAAAUGGGUCCAUCAACAACACAACAUGUCCCGUAUAUAGUGUAACUAGUAGUUCUAUUGGUGGUGGUGGUGGUGGUAACAAACAUAACAGUCACCAGUCUUUGGUUGCUUGCAGUAAAAAUACGACGGCAGGUGGAAGCAGCUUGACUACGGUGGAUGCGAGGCCGUCGCCUCCUCAUACGAGCUUAUUGCAUAUGGCCGGACGUAUGUAAUAUACAUUGAGACAUAAGUAUGUCUAAUCAAUAUCCGGUGAUUUGAAUAAAGCAGUCGAAGAACUUGUAAGCGUUAUAACCGACCAAGAAACUCACAGAAGUUGCAACGGCAUAAUGGAUAAGUAAUGAUUUUCAUUGAACUGAUGACUGUAGCGCAUUUAUCAUUUCUCCAUGGAUUGUAAUGUUUAGAGCGAACAUUACAAGAAUAACUAGAUAUCAAAUGAAAUUUCCGGGAUAUAUCUUCCUUAGUUAAUAUGAAAACAAUAAACCUAACUAGUAACUUUGGAACAACAGACCACUAAACGUAAAUUUUAAGAAUAACUUGAUGUAGCAUCAAUCAUCGACGACGUAUUUUUUACAAAUAUUGAAUAACGUUAUAUAAUCAUGCAAUUCUUACUUAUAUUUUAUGUCUAAAAUACGCCCAUGAUUAUUUAUAAUAAAACGAAACGAAACUCAUAUCAACUGAAAAAUAAGAAAUAUACACAAUGUAUUGAGUCUAGAUUACUCCAUAAUACUGUAUUUGAAUCAGUCAGACACAUAUCGGCAUAAACUAAAAAAAACAAGUCACAAAACACUUAAAAAAUAUUGGAAAAAGUAUAUACAUGAUUUACAACCAGAAGCUUGUUAAAUUUGUGUUUGAAACAGUAAACAAUACACAAUCAAGAUCAAAUAUCAAUUAAACGUCAUUACUUAAUUUGCUAUUUACUAUAAUAAACAUCUGUAUAUAUUUUACAGAAGGCCCUGGUAGGCUUGAAAUAAUGCAACUAGUAAUUACAUUGUUCCGAAGGUCCCAUUUCGU